AUGGAUAACACAUCAGUUAUGGUCGCUGCACUCAUUUGCUACAAUUGCAAUACAGAUGAUUCUCAGGACUGCCCAAAUGUGACCUGUCCAGAAAGUUAUGAGUCUUGUGCCAGCACGACCUUUGCAGCAUACGCUCUUUCAAAAACAGUUUCCUAUGGAAGAGCGUGUGCGCCAUCACCUUCCUGCAUAUCUGGGUCAAUAAACCUUGGACUUUUUCAGUAUACACUUAACACCAAAUGCUGUCAAGGAGACCUCUGCAAUGAUCAGAUUAUUCCAGAGUUUCAAAUAGAUGAUUCACCCAAUGGGAAUGAAUGUUUCACCUGUGAUGGAGGUGACUGCACAAAAAAACUCACCUGUGUUGGAGAUGAGGAUGGUUGCAUUACAUCACCUGAUUGGGCCAAUGACAACAUCACUGCGAAAGGAUGCACCUCUUCUGAUUACUGUCUGUCUCUGCAAAACAGUAACGUUUUUGAAAUAAGUUGUUGUCAGGGGAACCUGUGCAACUGUGACAUGAGUGUGGAAGAUUGUGAGAGGCUUUCUGAAGAUGGCACACCUUCAACAGAUGCCACACCUGUUGAAGAUGCCACAUCUGUUGCUCCUGAGAAUAAUUCUACUGAGGCUGUCACGGUGCCUCCGAAUAACACUGAUAAGAGUGGGGUACAGGGUGUUCUGCUCCUGCUGGGGUAUGUCCUCUCUGUCCUGUGUGUCCACUGA